UCAUCUAUCGCUUUUAUUACUUUUUUUUAAACGUUGCCUGUGUCCAUUCUGUAUUUCUGUUACUAUGUUGGAAUUUUUUUUUUUACGUAGAUACUAUUUAACUUCAGUCAACGCAUCCUGGUGCGCGCCAUUUCGUUUCUAAUCAUACCUUUAAGUUUCUCCACCCAUGACUUGGCAGCUGCCUGGGCGCAGAGCAUUCAUUUUGUUACGCAAAUCGCCACACAUCAUUGCAUCGCCUCCCAGCCAGAGAGGACAUCAGGGCAAAGUGGAUCAAUUUUAUUUACAAUGGAAACGUCCCGACUUCUGUCAGCAAAAAUCUUGUCUUCUGUGCCAACCACUUCGCAUCUGACUGCUUUCGUAACCUCGGUCAGAAUAAAGCCGCAUUGGCCAUGAGACUAUAUGUUAAAGAUGGAUCGAUUCCAACUGUACGUGGCAAAGAUACAGAAGGAACUGCAACCAAGUCUGCACUGGCAGCUGUGGUACAUCAUGUGGCUUGCCAGACGGAACCUCCUGUCACACGCAGAGUUGGCACACAACUUUCCAUGCAAACUCUUCAUCGCAACUUCGAAAGUUCAGGAACACCGGUCUUCCAUAGAUUAGAGAAAGUGUUGACCAAUGAAAAAGUUCUGAAAGAGGUGCAAAAGCUGAGUCCUCACUACUGGACAUCAUCCCUGGAGGCUUUUCACAAUAUCAUUUUGUGUUUUGCACCCAAGAAUGUUUUCUUUCCUUUUAUAGGAAUGUUAUGCAGACUCUACCUGGCGGCAUUGCACUUCAAUGAAAAUGCACCUUCAAGCAACAUCAGCUCCCAGGGAAGCCAUUAUACAAGUGAAAAAAAAAAAACCAAACUGUUGUCGUGGAAAAUCUGCAGAGCAGUUUUGACAACACCACAGGUGUUGCCAAAUCCUGGAACAUACUUGGAUGAGGUCCUCAAGAUUACUGCUUCACAAGACCUAUCCUCUCAGUUUGAUCAACUUGAUCCACAGGAAGUAACCUAAGUCUUGUAUUUCAACAACGGAAAGGUCUGAAUUCCCACAUAAUGUCCGUGGGCAUCAGGGAAUUCCAUUUGUCUGCAGAAGAACGCAGGGAGGAAUUACCACCUUCAUCCUCCAACCAAACACCAACCUGCAAAUAUCCUAUUUGCAAAACCUGUAACAACUCAACAAAAACGAUAAACCCAAUUUAAAAAAAAAAAAAAAAAAAAAAAAAAAGCUUUGCAGAGUGAUAAUGUGAAGUCUUUCUCACAAUAUUUGAUGAUAGUUUUGUGUGCUUUUAGACUGUUUUUGUAUAGAGAAUUGUAUAUGUGACUAAGUGACUAUCUUUGAAGCUGAACAGUAUUUCUGAAUUCAUUAUGCCCAGUAGUUUUCAGUGUGGAGCUAUUCAAGGGAAAGGCAUAUGGAAUGUUCGUUUUGGUGUGCAAAAGAUUCUACAAAUGUUCACACUGAUAAUGUUUUUUUAAAUCCAGUACACUGUAUUUGUUUUGUACAGUUUGUUUAAUUUCUACAUAGAAGACAUUUGCAUUUGUUUUAAAACUGUUUCAAUCAGUGUUUCAGGCACUGUUUUUGAAACUUGUGUAGAAUAUAUUUUAAAUCUUUGCCCCUAUAUUUAAGCACUGUCUUUGUUCGAACUGCAUCAUUUUAUGUGCUUGCAAUAAUAUUAAAGAUACUUUUUAAUUACUAAA